AUGGCUGGGCUGGCUGGAGACGUUGCUAACGCAGGCUACAAGCUGCACGCACAGGGCUUCUUUGAUACAGGUGUCGCCCAAAACAUGGUCACGCACUAG